AUGGCUCCCAAUAGGUUUCGACCACCAGUAAACCGGAAACUGGCAAAUUCACAAAAUCCACACCGAAAGCCAAACUGUUUUAGGACGAUAUGGAAGGCCGGUCUUCCACCGAGAUUACCAGUGCUUUUGUUGUUGAUUGGAGGCUUGAUAAUGUACUCUGCGUUUUGGUUGAGUAAACAGACUUUUGAGAGUUCUCGCCAUCAUACAGCAUCUACUGCUACUGAUCAGCCACAGGAGAAACUGCAUCUUGUAACAUACGUGACCAAACCUGCUGGUGUUGGAUUUUGCAGGUUUUUGAAAUCUGCACUCGCUGUUGGAUACGAACCCAUUGUUUUAGGAGGAUCUAAAAAUGCUGAGAUGAGUGGAGAGCCUGCUAAGAAGGCUAAAGUUGGUGGUUAUAGACAAUACAUUGACAAACACGUAAAAGACACCGACCUCGUGCUUCUCGUCGACGGCUACGACGUAUACUUCCAACUAGGCCCGACCUACAUGCUCUCCAAAUACUACUCCCUGACAUCCAAAUCCCCAGCCACCCCUAUAAUAGCAUCUGCAGAAAAAGGAUGCUGGCCCUUCAUAAUGUAUGGCGAAACAGGACACGAUCUAUGCCGUCUCGCACCAAUCCCACCGAUACCCUCCGACCUGUACCCAACCGUAACCGACCCAAACGACAAGGAACCAUGGAGCAAGCGCACCACACCACCACGAUGGCUCAACGCCGGUACCAUCAUCGGACGUGCACAUGUCACGAUAAAUGCAACACUGGCAUACGGAAUGCGAGACCUCUUCGACGGAAUCACAGGCUCGGAGCUUGAGGCUGCGUUUGACGACCAGGGGGUCCUCCUCGAGCGUUUCCUGCACGCAAAGCAUGGCAUCGCGCUGGACUAUAUGAGUGAUUUGUUUCAGACAUUCGAGGCUGCUGUGAAUGAUAUCCAGAUACGGAAUGUGACUAGUCCGGAUGUGAGCGAUAAGGGUGUUGUGAAGAGGUUUUGGCAGAAUGUGUAUACCAGGAGUAUACCCGCGAUACUGCAUUUUAAUGGGGAGGGGAAAGGUGGUGGGGUUAUGGAUGAGAAGUGGAGAGGGUUGUGGUUUGUGGGUGGUGAGCGGCCGUUUGUGCCGAGUCCUCAUCAGGGUUAUUUUGAUGAGGACCGUCUCUUUAUAUCAUAUGAGAGUGCCUGCGGUGAAAAUGGCACUUCAUAA